CAAGACUUGUUCUCUGCUUCUGCCAUAAUUUGUGUGUUUCCGAGGUAGUGUCUGCUCAUUGAGUGGCGAGUCAUGAGUUGUCUACAACUCACUCCCCAACCCUUUCUUCUCCGGACUCACCCAAAACUCAGAACGGCGGCGUUUCGAUCGAACUCACACAGACUCGGCGUUCAUCUCAAGCCCCCUUUACACUGUUUCUUCCCCACGGUCUCUUGUUCAUUGAACAUGCCGUCAGAGAAUACUGAUGCAGAAAAGCCGGCGUUUAUUCAUUCCUCACAAAACGCCGACGUUUUAUCCGACUCAGUGUCACAAAAUGAAUCCCUGAAUUCCGAAGUGAGAAUUCCAAGUGUUCCAGCUAAUAUAAUUCCAGCUCCCAAAUCGAGUUUGAGUGACAAAGCUUUCUUUCUACUGGCAUUCAUCGCUUGCACGACUUCCGUUGCAUUCACGAGCUUUGUAGUUGCAGCUGUUCCGACAUUAUAUGCAAUGGGAAGGGCUGCAAUCUCUCUUUCAAAAUUGGCUGAUACUGCUCGUGAGGAGCUCCCCAGCACAAUGGCUGCAAUCAGGCUUUCUAGCAUGGAAAUAAGUGAUCUCACUCUAGAAUUGAGUGACUUAAGCCAAGAAAUAGUGGAUGGGGUUGGCAAAUCUGCUCAAGCAGUGCAAGCAGCAGAAGCUGGAGUUCGGCAAAUAGGUUCCCUUGCUCGUCAACAGACAAUGUCGAUGAUUCAGGAGAGAGCAAACUUGCCAACUAUCUCACUGAAACCAGUUGUUGCUGGGGCUGCGAAGAAGACUACUCGUGCUGUCGGCCAAGCUACCAAAAGUAUCAUGAAUAUGAUAUCUGGAGGUGAGCUUAACUCCGGGGAUGAUGAUGGUAAUAAAGUGGAUAGUUAAAUUCACGACAUUCUCAUAUUCUAAUGGAAGAUUCAAUAUUAUUUUGAUAGUUAGAAUGCUAUUAUGGUAGAUAAUUGGAAUGUGAGUGUGAAUUCUCUUUCACUGAUGACAAAUAAUGCAAACACAUCGUAUCUGAUUCCUUGCCAAAAAAGGUAGAUUCUUGAUC